UCAUAAGCCUGGGUUGUAUCUUGUUUUGUUUUCACUAUUAAAAGCGGUUAUCAGCGAGAAGGUGGGAUUUGUAGAACGUUUAAUAGGAUUCGGAAUGCCUACAAUUAGUCUUUAGCGAAUAAUUUCUGAUGAAAACUCGGUGAUAAGGUUAUUGGGAAAUGAUUAUUUUUUCUGAAAAGUAAACAAAUAUUUAGACGUGAUUGUUUAUUUAAGCGAUGCCAGAAAAAAUUAAAUUUAGAACUGUAAAUUCUGAAGAAGGGGAAAUUCAUUAAGUUUAAAGCUGUGCACGAGGGAAAAUGGCAUUAGAAAUGUAAAAUGGUGCGAUUUUAUAAGCAUUUUCUGACCUUCUGGAUUUUCUUGCAUGUAUCAGGGAUCUCGUUGGGUUUAAAGUGUUGGCACUGUAUUUCAAAGAACUGUGACUUAGAUCCCAGUGAAAAUUACAAAGCUGUGAAAAAAGAGUGCUCACCGGGACAGUAUUGUCAGAAAGUUUACUACUCUAUGUACAGUACAAUGGAUAACAGAAUUUAUGAUUCUACAGUGAGGGGUUGCGCAUGGAACUGUCUUCCCAAAAAUGAUUUCAAAAACUGUUCUUCCGAACUUCAUGGAUCACGUGGAUGUGUAACAAAGAACUGUUGUCGUGAUAGUGACCUAUGUAAUACGGGGCCACGCGUAUUGACGUCAUCAAAUAUGUUAUAUUUAAUUGUCAUAUUCAUUUUAUGGUGUUAUGUGACUUGAAAUGCUUAUUAUACUUUUAAGUUUUUGAA